GGAGAAAUUACUGACCAUGAAAGACGCAAGCGUUACAGCAUUAUACACUGCUAUUCAAGAAACAAAAACACAAGUUCAAGACGAACUGAAGGUACUAGCAGCCGAGAAAGAAAGAUGGAAUAAAAAACUAAAGGAGAGCGUGAAAAUACCAGAAGUCGUUUCAUUCUCUGCUAGACGUCCCAGACAUAACACACCAACAAGCGGACAAACAAUGAUUUUCACAGAGAUCAUCUUAAAUAAAGGCGACGCUUACAACAAGGAGAAUGGUGUAUUUACCGCUCUAUACAUUUACUGUACAAUUAUGUGUGCAGCCUGGAAAGGAUAUUGAUUUUGCCUUAUUGGCCAAUGACAAGCCUUUUAAGAUAACACGGAUAAAUAGAUCCAGUAGUAGUCACUUUUCCUGCCACAGCUUUGUUGCCAUGACUAUUGUUAAUAAAAAUGAGAAUGUAAAAAUUAAGAUUAUAUAUGUAUAUAGCUAUAGUUCAGGAACCAUACUGGAUGAGAACGAUAGUAAUUACUGGAACACAUUCUCUGGUCGUUUUAUUCAACCGAUUUAGAAGAAAAUUGCUUUAACAGCAACAACAAGGCCAUUAACACAUUAAACAAUACAUGUAUAAAUUCCACAUGUUUAACAAAGAAUACGCAAAUCAUAUUUGAAAUAUUGUUCCUGACAUUUUAAUUGAUUAAAGAUAUUUUUGUAAUUAUAAUGUUUAGUAAAAAGUAUCAAAAUGAUGACACAUUCUGUUACAAAUUCAAACUUUACAAAUAUUUUAAUAAAUUAAUAAUAU